AAAAAAAAAAAAAAAAAAAAACCAAAUCUCUCCAAAUAUUUCUAUAUACUUGAACUUUUCAAUAUAGGUCAUUUUUUCUUAAACUAUAAAUAUUUGUAAUUGUACUCAUUUGAUUAAGAUCACACUAUUAUCUAUUGCAACCGUGGAGAUGUUACUGAAAAAUUAUACUGAAAGCUAUUGCAAAAAAAUUUUAAGUAUAAUAUGAUAUAUUUCAAUAAAUUUUUAACUUAUAAAAUUAACUGAUCUAUGCCAAUAUGGAGGGAAUUUAGUUGGUGUGAGAGAUGGAAAGUUUUGAGUUCGAGAGUUGUCAUCCGGAGGACUAGGCAGAACAUAAUAGUUUUGACGAUUCACCGUAUUGGGUAAUUGGUUAUGGGAAGGUCCAUAUGUCUUGUAUCACAUUCACUAUCAAAAGGUCAUGGCUUUUUUGGCCAAUAGUUAACAGGGGGAAGUUCGCAUUCUCCCCUGCAAUUCAAUUGUACGGAACAGAGGCUUAUUGUUACAUGCCAAAGAAACAUCAACUGAAGUUAUUGUACAAAUUUCUCUGUAUUAUGUUCGUAUAAAUGAAGUCCCUAAAAGAUGGUCUUCGAUACCAAGUCUGCUCCAUAAAGGCUGGUUUUACACUACCCAUCUUCACCUCCAAUCAACUUAUUCAUCUGUACUCUAAGCACGGCCAUACACGAGAAGCUCAAAAACUGUUCGACCAAAUGCCCGACAGAAACGUCUUCUCUUGGAAUGCAAUAAUCUCUGCCCACAUAAAAACACAGAACUUAAAACAAGCAAAAGUUGUCUUUGACUCCGCAUCUGUUAGAGAUUUGGUUACCUAUAAUUCAAUGUUAUCAGGCUAUGUAAGCGCUGAUGGGUAUGAAUCCAGUGCUCUUGAGUUGUUUAUUGAAAUGCAAACUGACUGUUAUAAUAUUGGAAUGGAUGAGUUUACGCUGACAACAAUGGUUAACUUGUUUGCUAAGCUUUCCAUGCCGUCUUAUGGGAGGCAGGUGCAUUCAUAUAUGGUUAAAACAGCUAAUGAUAAAAGUGGGUUUGCUAUGAGUUCUUUGAUUGAUAUGUAUUCCAAAUGUGGUUGUUUUCAAGCAGCUACAGAGGUGUUUAAGGGAUGUGAAGGAGUUGCUGAUUUGGUUUCAAAGAAUGCUAUGGUAGCAGCUUGUUGUAGAGAAGGUGAAAUGGAUAGGGCUUUAAAGCUGUUUUGGAGGGAUAAAGAGUUGAAUGAUACAGUUUCAUGGAAUAUAUUGAUUUCAGGUUAUGCUCAAAAUGGUUAUGAGGAGGAAUCAUUGAAGUUUUUUCUUUACAUGAUGCAAAAUGAUGUUAAAGGGAAUGAGCAUACUUUUGCUAGCCUUCUGAGUGCUUGCGCUGGUUUAAGGAACUUGAAGCUUGGAAAGGAAAUCCAUGCUUGGGUUUUGAAGAAUGGGUUGACUUCGAAUCCAUUUAUAAACAGCGGUGUAGUUGAUGUUUAUUGCAAGUGUGGAAAUAUGAACUAUGCGGAGUCGACGCAUUUAGCUAGUAGGAUAGGGAGCUCCUUUUCCAUCACUUCUAUGAUUGUGGGUUAUGCAUCGCAAGGAAAGAUGGUGGAAGCUCGUAGGCUUUUUGAUUCAUUAACAGAGAAGAAUGCUAUUGUUUGGACAGCUUUGUUUUCUGGGUAUUUAAGAUUACAGCAAUGUGAAGCUGUUUUUGAACUUUUUAAUGAGUAUAGGGCUAAGGAAAUAGUGGUUCCUGAUGGUUUGAUCCUUGUAAGUUUGCUUGGUGCCUGUGCACUGCAAGCUGCACUUAGUCCAGGAAAGCAAAUUCAUGGUUAUGUAUUCAGAAUGAGGAUUGCAAUGGAUGAGAAAAUGAGCACUGCUAUGGUUGACAUGUAUUCGAAAUGUGGCAGUAUAACAUAUGCGGAAAAAUUUUUCCAAAAGGUUAGUGAAAGAGAUUCAAUUUUUUACAAUGUAAUGAUAGGUGGUUAUGCUCAUCAUGGGCAUGAGAUUAAAGCUAUACAGCUGUUUCAGGACAUGCUGGAGAAAGGAGUCAGACCAAAUGUAGCCACUUUUAUUGCACUUCUAUCAGCUUGUCGUCACUGUGGAUUGGUAGAUUUAGGUGAAAAGUUAUUUAAUUCCAUGACCGAUGAAUAUAACAUACCGCCUGAAAUUGAUCACUACACAUGUAUGAUUGAUCUUUAUGGAAGGGCUAAUCAGCUAGAAAAGGCAGUAUUACUUAUGAAAAAAAUUCCAAUAGAACAAGAGGAUGCUACAAUUCUUGGGGCAUUCUUGAAUGCUUGUAUACUAAAUAGGAAUGCAGAACUAGCAAAAGAAGUAGAGGAUAAACUGUUAAAGAUUGAGGGAGACAAUGGAGCUCGUUAUGUGCAGUUGGCUAAUAUUUAUGCAGCAGGAGGGAACUGGUCGGAGAUGGGGAGGAUAAGAAAGAAGAUGAGAGGAAAAGAGAUUAAGAAGGUUGCUGGUUGCAGUUGGUUAUACCUGGAAAAUGGAGCCCAUGUAUUUACCUCAGGUGAUAGAACCCAUAGGAAAGCAUAUUCUAUAUAUUCAAUGUUAGCCUGCUUGAAUGCAGAACUAUAUGAAGUUUCUGAGGCACUAUGAUAAGAAGACUGUUAAUUGCUGAUAUGCCAACUGAAAUAAUGUUCUUUCGAGAACAUACGAAUAUGUUGUACAAAGGCUUGCUUUUGUGCGAAUGCUCACUUAACGUGAAGCGAGGAUGGGCUCAUCAGACAAUUUGCUAAUUGCUGACAUGCCAACUGAAAUAUUGUCUUUUUAGAACAUCUAAAUAUGUUGUACAAAGGCUCACUUCUGUGAAAAUGCUUGCUUAGUGUGAAACGAGGAUGGAUUCAUCACCAUUCAUGUUCAGAAGAAGGAGAUAACAUAUGGAGGACAGGAUAUCUGUGGAAAAAUAUCUGAUAACACGAAGAACUUCUACAAGGCUAUACAUACUAAAGAUGCGAUCCUAUUCUGGGGAAGAUGGGAAACAUCUUCUGAUAUCUGUGGAAAAAUAUCUGAUAACACGAAGAACUUCUACAAGGCUAUACAUUCUAAAGAUGCGAUCCUAUUCUGGGGAAGAUGGGAAACAUCUUCUGAUCCUAAUUAACAUUCUGGAUGAACAAAAUAUUGGUUGAAGCAAGAAAGGUGAUUCGAUCCAUGAUAUGAGCCUACGAGAAAAAUGCUGCAGUGCAAAGACUGGCACUGUAGACUGCGUUUGAGCAACUAUGGCAAAUUAACUUGCAUUGAUCAUACAUUCCUCUAAGUCCAAGUUCAUGUCCGCCCAGGAGAGUAAUGAUUACAAACAGAUGCAAGUGGACAAUGAUUCAGUGCACAUCCUUACUGUUUAUGCGAAUUCUCGGUUAUUGGAUUAGCUUUUCUCUCUCAAUCCAAAGACUGAAAACUCAUGCACUGAGUUAUUUUGCUUUCAUCAUACAAAUACAGAGUUUAUGUACACCGCCUGCAACCAAACAGCUUAUUUCAUAGGGUGGAGCAGCACAUUUAGGUCCUUUAUAGCUCAAUUUAGCCUUUACCUUCCUGUUGGCAACUUAGCAUGGUCUGACCCUAGAUAGAUAAUCUUAGGUUGAUGAAGCAAUGUGUAUAUGGAAUUUGCUAUAUCUUAACUUCAAGAAUGUUUGACAAUUUGGUAUUUAUAUAUAUUAUUUUCUGUUUUUGCAAA